UAGUUAGGUCUCGAUGUGUAAUAAUGAAAAUUGAUGACCAAGUCAUGCAUCAUGAUCAUGAGUUCUAUAUAUUCACAUAAAUAACUCAGACUGAGUACUAUAUACUAGGGUUAAUCAUCUUGCUCUCUUUCCUUUAUUUGUAGUUUACACCAUUGACAGAUCUUGAUUUUCUGCUAGGCAGCCAUGAGUAGAGGUGGAAGCUUCGGCGGAGGGCAGAGUUCCUUAGGGUACCUUUUUGGGUCUGAUGAGCAACCAAAUGCACCCCCGCCGUCCCUGAUUGUCAACCUACCCCCAUACGGUGUUGAUACUAUCUCGGCGGAGAAGCCUCGACAAAAUCCUUCUUUUGAGAAGCAAAAGGAGGUCUCAAACAACUAUCACCGAGCUCAAGGACAGAAUUCUGGCAACUUCAUUACUGAUCGUCCGUCUACAAAAGUCAAGUCGGUGCCUGGAGGAGAUUCAUCUCUUGGAUACCUCUUUGGAGAUAAGUAAUGUUUCUUAAUUUCUCCAUAUAAAAUAAGGGAUUUUGAGGCUAACUAGUAAAAAUAAGGGAUUAUCAGCUCAUCCCAUCAUUGUUGAUGAAUUUGUAAGCGUAGAAUAUGGGUCUGUCGUAAAUUGUAGUUAUGCAAAUUAGACAGAUUAUAUUAUGUGUGGUUUGUAUAUGAUAAGAGAAGUUGGCUGUUUCUGUUC